AUGUCAUCGUCACAUUGCCGCAGGCUGAGCUGUGGAGAAUUAGUGUCGUUCCGCUUCUCCCAACCGUCGUUGACAGCGCUCCUCAUCCGUUCCCUCGCGCCCGUUCUUAUGCCAGUGCCGGGCGAACAACGAGCGGAAGUGUUCGGCAGAACGCCGGACAACUGUGGGAACGACGAUAUAACGUUAGGUAGGGCGCUUCCGCCCACUACCGCAUCAGCUUUGGCUGCGGCACGUAACUUACCUGGAUCCGGAUCUGGAUCUGGACAACAAGGCUCGAGUAAGUUCCCCAGCGCCCCCCUUGUUACUGACAUUUGGUGUAGGCCAUGA